GCCCGCCGUCCCCUCCCUCGCCGGCCCGGCCCCGCACGGCCCCGCACGGCACGGGGGUUGCCAUGACAAGCAUUUUCUCCCGUUAGCUCCGGGACCGCUGCCCCCCUCCAGCCCAUGGCCAGUCGCGGAGGCUCCGCCGCCAGCCGGGCGCCGUGGGACCGGAGCCGCUCCAGUUGCUGUGGUAUCCAGGGAGCCCCCCUCCUCCUCCUCCUCGUCCUCCUCCUCCUCCUCCCGCUGCAGGAGCUGCACGCCGGGCGUUGCUAAGGUCGCCUCCGCGGUAACAUGCACAUCCUGUUUACACCUUCAUCCCGACAACUUGGGCUCGGAUAGAGGCGCCCGUUCUCCCCCCUGCCGCCCCCGGGAAGCCCCCCCAGGGAAGGGGCAGCGCGGAGCGUCCCCCUCCCGGAGCCGCCGGAGCCGCCGGAGCCACCGGAGCCGCCCCAGGAGGGUGACAAGAUGACGAACAACGUGGCCGACCACCACCCCGGGAACUCGGUGGCCGAGGGCAACCAUGAGGGGGACUUUGGGUGCUCCAUGGUGGAGCUCAGGAACCUCAUGGAGCUGAGGAGCGCCGAGGCCGUGGCCCGGCUCAACGACUCCUACGGCGGCGUGCAGAACGUCUGCAAGAGGUUGAAGACGUCGCCGGUCGAAGGCCUGUCCGGGAACCCCACGGACCUGGAGAAGCGGCGCCAGCUCUUCGGCCAGAACUUCAUCCCCCCCAAGAAGGCCAAGACGUUCCUGCAGCUGGUGUGGGAGGCGCUGCAGGACGUGACGCUGAUCAUCCUGGAGAUCGCAGCCAUCAUCUCGCUGGGGCUCUCCUUCUACCACCCCCCGGGCGGGGACAACGAGUUGUGCGGGCAGUCCACGGGCGGCGUGGAGGACGAGGGCGAGUCGCAGGCGGGCUGGAUCGAGGGCGCUGCCAUCCUCUUCUCCGUCAUCAUCGUGGUGCUGGUGACGGCCUUCAACGACUGGAGCAAGGAGAAGCAGUUCCGGGGGCUGCAGAGCCGCAUCGAGCAGGAGCAGAAGUUCACCGUGAUCCGCAAGGGCCAGGUGAUCCAGAUCCCCGUGGCCGAGAUCGUGGUGGGGGACAUCGCCCAGAUCAAGUACGGUGAUCUCCUGCCUGCGGACGGGAUCCUGAUCCAGGGCAACGACCUGAAAAUAGACGAGAGCUCGCUGACAGGGGAGUCAGACCAGGUCAAGAAAUCCAUGGAUAAAGACCCCAUGCUGCUGUCAGGUACCCACGUGAUGGAGGGCUCGGGCAGGAUGGUGGUGACUGCCGUGGGCAUCAACUCCCAGACAGGGAUCAUCUUCACCCUCCUGGGAGCAGGAGAAGGCGACGAGGAGAAGAAAGUGAAGAAAGGUAAAAAAAGCGGAGCCCCCGAAAACCGCAACAAAGCUAAAACUCAGGAUGGUGUGGCCUUAGAGAUCCAGCCCCUGAAGAGCCAGGAGGGGGUGGAGAACGAGGAGAAGGAGAAGAAGAAGGUGAAAGUGCCCAAGAAGGAGAAGUCGGUGCUGCAGGGGAAGCUCACGCGCCUGGCGGUGCAGAUCGGGAAGGCGGGGCUGAUCAUGUCGGCCGUCACCGUCAUCAUCCUCGUGGUUUACUUCGUCGUGGACACGUUUGCGGUGCAGAAGCGGCCCUGGCUGGCCGAGUGCACGCCCAUCUACAUCCAGUACUUCGUCAAGUUCUUCAUCAUCGGUGUCACCGUGCUGGUGGUGGCCGUGCCCGAGGUCCCGCUGGCUGUCACCAUCUCGCUGGCCUACUCCGUCAAGGGACGUGACCUCCCCUCCUGUCCCCUCAGGUGCACCAAGAUCCUGGACAAGAGCGGCGAGCCGCGGGCGUUCAAGGCCAAGGACAAGGACGAGAUGGUGAAGAAGGUGAUCGAGCCCAUGGCCUGCCACGGCCUCAGGACCAUCUGCCUGGCGUUCCGCGACUUCCCCGCGGGCGCCGAGCCCGACUGGGACAGCGAGAACGAGAUCCUGGCCGAGCUCACCUGCAUCGCCGUGGUCGGCAUCGAGGACCCCGUGCGCCCCGAGGUGCCCGAUGCCAUCCUCAAGUGCCAGCGCGCGGGCAUCACCGUCCGCAUGGUGACAGGGGACAACAUCAACACCGCCCGUGCCAUCGCCACCAAGUGUGGCAUCCUGCUGCCCGGGGAGGACUUCCUGUGCCUGGAGGGGAAGGAGUUCAACCGCCUCAUCCGCAACGAGAAGGGAGAGGUGGAGCAGGAGCAGCUGGACAAGAUCUGGCCCAAGCUGCGGGUGCUGGCGCGCUCCUCGCCCACGGACAAGCACACCCUGGUGAAAGGAAUCAUCGACAGCACCGUGGGUGACCAGAGGCAGGUGGUGGCAGUGACAGGGGAUGGCACCAACGAUGGCCCGGCCCUGAAGAAAGCAGAUGUUGGCUUUGCCAUGGGCAUCGCGGGCACGGACGUGGCCAAGGAGGCGUCGGACAUCAUCCUGACCGACGACAACUUCACCAGCAUCGUCAAGGCCGUCAUGUGGGGCCGCAACGUCUACGACAGCAUCUCCAAGUUCCUGCAGUUCCAGCUCACCGUCAACGUGGUGGCCGUCAUCGUGGCCUUCACCGGCGCCUGCAUCACACAGGACUCUCCCCUGAAGGCCGUGCAGAUGCUCUGGGUGAAUCUGAUCAUGGACACGUUCGCCUCGCUGGCGCUGGCCACGGAGCCGCCCACGGAGUCGCUGCUGCUGCGCAAACCCUACGGGCGGAACAAGCCGCUCAUCUCGCGCACCAUGAUGAAAAACAUCCUGGGCCACGCCGUGUACCAGCUCACCAUCAUCUUCACCCUGCUGUUCGCUGGGGAGAAGUUUUUCGACAUCGACAGCGGCCGGAACGCCCCCCUGCACUCUCCCCCCAGCGAGCACUACACCAUCGUCUUCAACACCUUCGUGAUGAUGCAGCUCUUCAACGAGAUCAACGCCCGCAAGAUCCACGGCGAGAGGAACGUCUUCGAGGCCAUCUACCGCAACCCCAUCUUCUGCGCCGUGGUGCUGGGCACCUUCACCGCCCAGAUCGUGAUCGUGGAGUUUGGUGGGAAACCCUUCAGCUGCUCGGGGCUCACCCUCAGCCAGUGGUUCUGGUGCGUUUUCAUCGGAGUGGGAGAGCUCCUGUGGGGCCAGGUGAUCUGCACCGUGCCCACGAGCCACCUGAAGUUCCUGAAGGAAGCCGGGCACGGCAUCACCAAGGAGGAGAUCCCCGAGGAGGAGCUGCCCGAGGACGCCGACGAGAUCGACCACGCCGAGAUGGAGCUGCGGCGGGGGCAGAUCCUCUGGUUCCGGGGGCUCAACAGGAUCCAGACCCAGAUGGACGUAGUUUACACAUUCCAGACCGGCGCCUCCUCUUUGCAGGGAGCCCUCAGGAGACAGCCUUCCAUCGUGAGCCAGCACCACGAUAUCAAAGUGGUGAAUGCGUUCCGUAGCUCCCUCUACGAAGGCCUCGAGAAACCCGAAUCCAGAAGCUCCAUCCAUAACUUCAUGACCCACCCGGAGUUCAUCCUGGAGGAAGACGAGCCUCGGACACCGUUCCUGGACGGCGCCGACGACGAGCCCGAGCCUGACGGACUCCAGCAGCAGCAGCAGCGCGGCUCGACGGCCCUCAACAGGAACAACAACGCCGUGGACGGCCAGUUCAGCUUCCCCGAGCCCGGGAGCCCCUUCCACAGCCUGGAGACGUCCGUUUGACCUUGGAACUCGGAAUUCCCACUCCUCCUCCUCCUCUUCAUCAUCGUCAUCUUCCUCAUCCGCCUCGGCCCCGUGUGAUGCCGGCACCAGGACUGAUCACACGCUGCGGUCGCUCCGUGUCAAACUGCUCAUGCCUGUGUCAUCAUCUGGGUUUUGUUGGGGUUUUGGGGUUUAUUUUUGGGGAGGGUUGGGGGUUUUAUCUGGGUUUUGUUUCAUUUUGUUCUUUUUUUUUUACCAUUUUUUAGCAGUGGGAACCAGAGUACCACCACGCUGGGUGUUGGGAGAGAGGCUAAGCCCAACGAAAAGCAACAAAAAAAAACAACAAUUGUGCAUCUCCAUCCCUGAUUUUCCGUGGUACUCACCCAGGGGAAGCUGCCAGGUUCUUUCCUCUCUGAGAGUUGGGCUCCAGCCACCUGGAGCCAGGGAGUUUUCACUUUGGAAAAAUGCAUGUUCCAAGGAAAUUCAAAUUGUUGUAGUCUUACACGCCCUCAGCCUGAAGGCUGGGGGUGCACUUGUGAUUUUAUCUUAAUUAUUUUUUUUGGUGGGUUUUUCGUUUUUUCCACUCGUGGUUUUUAGGGUUUAUUUUUCUUCUAACGUUGGGGUUUGCUCUUUGCUUGUGGGAUUUACCCCCUUCCCCAGUGGGAAGUGGGGAGGGGCACUCACCGCUCCAGUGCGAAAAUUAAGGAAUAAACUAAAAACUCCCAGCCAGGGGAAGGUUUUUACUCCAAAGUUGGAGAGAUCCAGGGAUGCCCACCCAGUCUUCCACCUCUGAAAAAAAGAUACCUGGGCUUUUUCCAGCUCCCUUUCUGUGUGUGCCCACGUUUCCCUCUCUCCGUUUCCAAACUGGGAGAUGAGAAAUGAACCUGGCUUGGCUCUGACCUCGCUGCAGGGGAAAAAUUCUGAUUUUUCCUGCCGAGGUGGAGGUGAACCUGCCAGGGGAAAGGUGGAGAGAACCCCCCAGUUGUGAAUGCUGCAGCUCCUUCCUGAUGGAUUUUAGGAGAGGCCUCUCUGCUGCUCUUGGUCAGGGGGAAACUCUUGGCAAGAGGAUUUUUGCAGCUCUCCCAGCUCCAGGGCAUUUUUGCCCUUUUUUCUGCGCUCUUGGGGUGCAGCCCCCCUCAACCUCGCAGCUCUCCCAGCUCCUGCCCUCCCCAGAGGGAUUUUUGCCCUUUUUCCUGCACUCUUGGGGUGCAGCCCCCCUCAGCAUCACAGCUCUCCCACCUCCUGCCCUCCCCAGAGGGAUUUUUGCCCUUUUUUCUUGGGGUGCAGCCCCCCUCAGCCUCGCAGCCUCCAGGGAAGCACGGAGGGAUCCGGGAGGAGGCUCCAGCCAUGCCCCAAACGCCGUGGGAGGCUGAGAGUGGAGAAGCUCAGGGCACAGCAAGUCCUGGAUCCUGGCAGGGAUCAAUCCAGCCGUGCCAUGGCCCAGCACAAGGCAGGGAAGCCCACGGAUGAUCCCGGAUUUUCCCUGAGGUUUGGCUCUUCGAUGGCUGCAGGUCCUGCAGAGAAGGCGCUGCUGGAGGCUUGGGCUGCGUUUUUUGGAGGUUUUUUGGAGGAUCUCUUGGAUUUUUUGGAGGCUGAGUGUUUUUUGGAGGUCAUCUCUUCUUCUCCUUCCCCUGCUGCCACCUCCCUGCUCUCCUCCAUCCCCUCUGGCUGCGUUUUUUGGAGGAUCUCUUGGAUUUUUUUGGAGGCUGAGUGUUUUUUGGAGGUCAUCUCUCCUUCCCCUGGAGCCCUGCCUCACCUCCACCCCUGGGAAUGAUCCUUUUCCUUGGAGUUGGCUCUGGAUUGUCCCUGGCUCUGGAUUGUCCCUGUGGCCAUCCCCAGAGCAGGAGGCAGAGCCUGAGCUUCUCCUUCCCCUGCUGCCACCUCCCUGCUCUCCUCCAUCCCCUCUGGCUGCGUUUUUUGGAGGAUCUCUUGGAUUUUUCUGGAGGCUGAGUGUUUUUUGAAGGUCAUCUCUUCUUCCCCUGGAGCUCUGCCUCACCUCCAUCCCUGGGAAUGAUCCCUUUCCUUGGAGCUGGCUCUGGAUUGUCCCUGGCUCUGGAUUGUCCCUGGCUCUGGAUUGUCCCUGUGGCCAUCCCCAGAGCAGGAGGCAGAGCCUGAGCUUCUCCUUCCCCUGCUGCCACCUCCCUGCUCUCCUCCAUCCCCUCUGGCUGCGUUUUUUGGAGGUUUUUUGGAGGAUCUCUUGGAUUUUUUGGAGGAUCUCUUGGUUUUUUUUGGAGGCUGCGUAUUUUUUGGAGGUCAUCUCUCCUUCCCCUGGAGCCCUGCCUCACCUCCAUCCCCUCUGGCUACCUUGGCAGCAGAGAGAACGUUCUGGAAGCUCCUUCCCGAGCUCAUUCCCAUCCCUGGGAGCGCAGAGAGGUUUUUUUGGUGUUUAUUUUUUUAUUUUUUUUUGGGAAAGGCUGGCUCUGGCUGGGUUCUCCUCCCCUUUCCCGUCAGGAACGCACAGCGGAAUCUCCCGUGCCUUGUCCGAGCACUGCCUGCAGCACCUCCUGCCACGCCAGGGCCCAGAGCUUUGCCAAGAUUUUUUUGAAGUGUUCCUUAAACCACAACAAGAACCAAGUGUCUUCUCUUUGCCCCCUGCCCCGGCAGCGCCUCGUCCUUCCCGUGGGGUGGGAGGAAGAGGAGGAGGGAGGAAGGACGAGCUCGUUCCUGCCGAGGGAAAGGAUUUAUCCCAAAAAUCCUGAAUAUCCUGAAUAUCCCGGUGCUGGCGAGCUGGGCUUUGUUCACUGCCAACAGCAAGGAGAAAUUGCCACCACUGCCCGUCCCCGGUGUAAAUUCAGUUUUCACCCCAUGCCCAGCUCCUCCUUCCCUCCCUCCCCCAAGCAAUGACCCAGGGGAGCGAGGGGAUCUUGGGUUAAACACCAGGAAAAACAGAAAAAACCAAACAAAAAAAUACCCAAACAAGAGGUGGUUUGUGGGGUUUUGGUUCUGUGCUUCAAAAACAACAACAACAACAAAAAAUCACUUUUUCUAUUUUAAAUACUUGCAAAAAAAAACCAAAAAAAAGGUGUUCUUACAAGCUUACAUAAAUAUUUAUUAAAUACUUUUUUGGGGGGGAUGCACCGAUUUUUUUUUUCUUUUGAUAUUUUUUUAAUACCUCAGACCUGUUGAAAAAAAAGGAAAAAAAAAAAAAGAAGAAA